GUUUUGUUGAAGCCAGGCGGCGCGCUGCCUGCCGGGUAGGAGAGGCGCUGGAGGUCACGGGACCACGUGCCGCCGCCGCCGGGAGAUGUUGGCGGCGCUGGGGAGAGCGGCCGGGCCCGGCCGGGGCCUCGUCAGGAGAGAGUUGCAAACCUUCUGUGCCCGGCGAGCGCUGAGAACCAGUGCUCGCAAGCAUGAUGACACCCUGGCAACGCCGCCCCUCGACAACGCUCCCAGGGAUUACUCGCCAAAGAUAAAGCAGCUGGUGCAGGAAAUAGCGAGUCUGACACUUCUCGAAAUCUCUGAUCUCAAUGAAUUGCUAAAGAAAACACUCAAAAUUCAGGAUGUUGGGAUGAUGCCAAUGGCUGGAAUGAUGGCAGCUGCUCCACCUGCCUCUCAGGAGAUUGAGGAUGAAGCCGUCCCGGCCAAGAAGGAGAAAACCCAAUUUACGGUGAAGCUGGUGGAAUUCAAGGCGGCCGACAAAGUGAAACUCAUUAAAGAAGUGAAGAACUGUAUUUCUGGGCUGAACCUUGUGCAGGCCAAGAAGCUGGUGGAGUCCCUGCCUCAGGAGAUGAAGGCCAACGUCUCGAAGGAAGAGGCGGAGAAGUUAAAAGCUGCCCUCGAGGCAGCAGGAGGAACUGUGCAGAUAGAAUAAAUUCCUGACUCCUGCCGUUGCCUGGCCUGGAAGAUACAAUGGAAACCAAUUAAAAGGCCUCGGGGGCCGAUUGGUAUCAGAGCUGCUAUACUGCAUCCUGGGACUUUUAAGUAUUCAGUGGGGAGUGUAGUUUGACCAAGGUAUUGUUUGUAUGUAUGUCUACAUAUCCUGGCUUUAUACCACUUCUAAAGUGCUGGAGGGUGCAGAUAGGAAAGAUGGAGAUACUGUAAAUGUCUGUCAUGUACAGCAACCCACACUGGGUGCAACCCUCGAGCUCUGUCUAUUGUGCUUGUCAUUUCCAUCCACAUUAAAUGAGGAAAAGAGGGAACAUUUAUAAGAUA